AUGUGAGUUUAAUCUGCUGCUUGUUGUCCUACUGAACAACCCUGGCCGUGGAUGUUUUAAAAACGAACUUUUGUUUCCCACAAGUUUGCGAAAAGGGGUACGUUUGAUUUCACACACAGUAGAAUGCAGUUGGGGGUGUUUUCUGCUCCCAAAACGAGGCGGAGCUUAAAUUCCUAAGUGGACUGAGUUUCCUCCCGGUACGUCACUCUGGGAUAGGCUGCGAGCUGUCGAGCAACACUGUCAGUCAACGGGGUUUCGGAACAGGACCCCGCCGCGCAGGAGGAGAAAGUAUAGCCUUACCCGACCGCGGGUUUAGGCUCCGGGAUUAAAGUGAUCGCCAGUCCCGCAGCUUUCUUUCGUCGAAACUGGGAUUCGUGCUGUGUUUGGUUAGCUAAAUGCGGUACGAAGCUAAAAUGAUGCCGAUGUUCCUGACAGUAUACCUCAGUAACAAUGACCAGCAUUUUACUGAGGUUCCCGUUACCCCGGAGACGCUGUGCCGGGAUGUGGUGGAGUUGUGCAAGGAGCCAGGGGAGACGGACUGCCACCUGUCCGAGAUGUGGCGUGGAUCUGAGCGAGCUGUAGGUGACGGGGAGAGGAUGUUGGAUGUGCUCCAACGAUGGGGACAGCACAGGGCAGAGGUGCGCUUCUUUCUGCGCCACAAUCGAGCUCCUAGCAGGGAAUCGGGUGGGUCGAGAGGCUCCGAGCCGAAGAGGAAUGGAGUAAAGGGUCCUCCAGAUAGAAGAAUGGAGAAUGGGGUGGCGACACCCCGCAUGGACAUGACGCUGGCCGAACUGCAAGAGAUGGCUGCCAGACAACAGCAACAGAUAGAUGCUCAACAGCAGCUCCUCGCUUCCAAGGAGCAGCGGCUGCGCUACUUGAAGCAGCAGGAGCAGCGUCAGCAGCAGCAGGCCUCUGAGCAGGAGAAGCUGCAGCGCCUCAGAGAGAACAUUGAGAACCAGGAAACUCGGCUCAAGAAGGUCCGGGCCCUCAAGGGCCAGGUGGAGCAGAAGCGCCUCAGCAAUGGCAAACUGGUGGAGGAGAUAGAGCAGAUGAACAACCUGUUCCAGCAGAAGCAGAGAGAACUAGUAAUGGCUGCGUCCAAGGUGGAGGAGCUCAACCGACAGCUGGAGUUGCUCAAAAAUGGCAAAAUGGACAACUUCCAUGACAACCAGACCUCUGUGGCUGAACUAGACCGCCUCUACAAGGAGCUACAGCUGAGGAACAAGCUCAACCAGGAUCAAAACUCUAAGUUGCAACAGCAGAGAGAGAGUCUAAACAAGCGCAACCUGGAGGUGGUUUCCAUGGACAAACGGAUCAGUGAGCUCCGAGAUCGGCUGUGGAAGAAGAAGGCAGCGCUGCAGCAGAAAGAGAACUUGCCUCCUCAGAUGCCCCAGUAUUCAGAGGGCACCCAUGCCAAUAAUGGCUAUCCUGGUAAAGAGAGGGCUUCAAAAGACACUCAUCUUCAGCUGCCCUCUGAUGGCCAAGCCGGACAGCAGUCAGGCCCGUCUCGCGUGGCAGCGGUCGGCCCAUACAUCCAGUCGUCCACCAUGCCCCGGGGCCCAGUGAGGCACGACCUGCUUGUAAAACCAGCCUACCCAGACGGCACUGCCACGCUUCCAGUCCACGACCCGCAGAGCAAGGCCGGCACAGCAGGAGCAAAGGAGUCUCGGAUACCUGCUGGUUGCGAUGUCACUCUGAGCUCAGAAGAAGCCAUGUUCUUGCUUAAGCCUCUGAAAGAGCUGCGGGCUAAGAGAAAAGGCCUUCAGCCUUCCAAACUGGCAGACUGGGGCUCAUCAACUCCAGAGUUCAACACCAAUGGUCAUGGUCCAGCUUCAACACUGCCACGAAUGACCUCUCACUCCAGCUCUAACACAGAACAAGAUGAGACGGAACUGAAGAGGGACAGGAAGGUGCGUCCAUUAUCCAUGUUUGAGCCAACGGAGGCUCCCGCCACAUCCCUCCGCAAAAACCAGAGCAGUGAUGACCUGGUCAGGGACGCUCAGUCUGCUUCCAAGGCUCCAGUUAAGGUGCCUCCUCCUGUCCCCACCAAACCAAAAGGGCCUGGUGUCGUGCCCUACGGCAAACCAGGCCUCAACACAGGCACUUUCCCUAAAACUAAGCCCCACAACCAGCAACCCCAGGCUGCCCAGGGCCGCAGCCCUCUCCCACCCUCACAGAGCCAGACACUCCCCCUACCUUCCAAGCAAGACACUCCACCUGCAGCUACGGUACGGCCAUUCACCCCGGAGCUGCCCUCCUCUAAAGACUCCAGCAUGACUAAGCCCCAGACCUUAGCGGCCAGCUCCAUUUACUCCAUGUACACGCAGCAGCCUGGCUCAGGGAAGCCCUUCCAGCCUGGUGUGCAAGGCGCUCUCAACCGAUCUCAGAGCCGCACCAAUGGAUUUGUCAGUGUGUACGGUAAACCAGUGAUCCCCGGUGGAGGCUCCCUACAUCCAGAGAACCCUUACCAGGACCGUCGCUCCCCUGCACUAGAAUCUGAGGUAGACCACAAUGGAGCCAACAACAUGGGUCCCAGCCCGUCUGAGGGCCCCCAUCCAGAAACUGAGCGGAUCCCCCGGCCCCUCAGCCCCACCAAGCUGCUUCCCUUCAUUUCCAACCCCUACAGGCAUCAGAGUGAUGGUGACCUGGAAGCCCUGAGAAAGAAGCUCUACAAUGCCCCGAGGCCCUUAAAGAAACGCAGCUCCAUCACUGAACCAGAGGGUCCUGCAGGGCCCAACAUUCAGAAACUCCUCUACCAGAAGACCACACUGGCAGCUAUGGAGACCACUGUGACAGCACCAACCACUCCCACCUAUGCCGGUGAAGCAGAGAAGGCGGCGGAGGGAUCUGUGGGUCCACAUGUUCCAACUCCUCUAAGUGGUGUAGAAACCCACCCAUCGGAGACAGGACAGACUCUGGAGGGAGGACAGCUCCCGUCUCACAUCCCGGGUGCUAACGUCCCCGUUCCAGCCCCCGCCGAACAGACCAAACCACCUUCAGCCAUCCCAGAGAGCGAGCACAUUAUCCCCCCUCCUCCCCCAUCCCACCCGGCCCCGAAGCCAGACGACGCUCUUUUCCCACCGCCACCCCCUGCUGGCUUGGAGGAUGUAAUGCCCAACCUGCCCCCACCGCCUCCAGAAGGCUUCCUGGAAGAGUUCCCCCCCUACCCACCACCGCCAUACCCCAGUGGAGGAGAGCAGGACAGCUUGGGAGAGGACACCUUUAACAUGAAGGCGCCUGAGGUCACCGGCCAGGUCCCUCUGCCACCGGGGAAGAGGACCAACUUGCGCAAACUUGGCUCUGAACGCAUCGAUCACAGCAUGAGAGUGAAGUUCAAUCCACUGGCUCUGCUGCUGGACUCGUCUCUGGAGGGAGAGUUUGACCUGGUCCAGAGAAUCAUCUAUGAAGUGGAGGAUCCCAGUCUGCCCAACGAUGAAGGCAUCACUGCUCUACAUAAUGCUGUCUGUGCUGGACAUACAGAGAUUGUCAAGUUUCUGGUUCAAUUUGGUGUCAAUGUCAAUGCUGCCGACAGUGACGGCUGGACUCCUCUUCACUGUGCUGCAUCCUGCAACAAUGUGCAAGUGUGCAAGUUCCUGGUGGAGUCUGGUGCCGCAGUGUUUGCUAUGACUUACAGCGACAUGCAAACGGCAGCUGAUAAAUGUGAAGAGAUGGAGGAGGGCUAUACCCAGUGCUCUCAGUUCCUCUAUGGUGUGCAAGAGAAAAUGGGCAUCAUGAACAGGGGUGUGGUCUACGGUCUGUGGGACUACGGUGGAGAAAACUCAGAUGAGCUGCCAUUCCGCGAGGGAGACUGCAUGAACAUCAUCCGCAGAGAAGACGAGGACGAGAUUGAAUGGUGGUGGGCGCGCAUUGGUGACACCGAGGGUUACAUUCCCCGCAACCUCCUUGGGCUCUACCCCAGAAUAAAGCCAAGACAGAGAACCCUGGCUUAAAACACAAAGAUCAGUGCACAUUCCAGUCAGCCAGAACUCUCCAAAACACACACACACACACACACACACACACACACACACACACACACACACCCU